AUGCUUUGUGCAAUCUCCGGAGAGGCUCCGCAGGCGCCCGUCGUCUCUCCUAAGAGCGGCAGCGUUUUUGAGAAACGUCUCAUCGAGGCGUACAUCGCCGAACACGGCAAAGAUCCCGUAAACGGCGAGGAGCUCAGCGCCGACGAGCUGAUCGAGGUCAAGUCGCAGCGUGUCGUGCGGCCCCGGCCGCCCACCCUCACAUCCAUCCCCUCGCUCCUCAGCGUAUUCCAGGAAGAAUGGGACGCCUUAGCACUGGAGACAUAUACCCUACAGCAGAACCUGGCCCAGACCCGACGCGAACUCAGCUCUGCACUCUACCAGCACGAUGCCGCGGUACGGGUGAUUGCGCGCCUCACACAGGAAAGAGAUGAGGCUCGCGAGGCCCUGUCGAAGGUGUCGGUUGGUGCUGGUCGGCCUGCGGUUGAUGGUGAAGCCAUGCAGGUCGAUUCGGCGGGCUUGCCGCAGGCCGUGCUGGAGCGGAUUGAGAACACACAGGCCCAACUCUCCAAGACUCGCCGCAAGCGCACCGUUCCCCAAGGCUGGGCUACCAGCGACGCCAUCUCGGCGUACACGCCCGUGGAAACCUCUGAACCGCUUUACCCCGGCAGCCGGGCACUAUCGGUUAACUCUACUGGCGAAUUGGCCCUGGUUGGAGGUGCCGAUGGCGUGGUUGGCGUUUACUCGCUCGCUCAGAAGAACGUGGUGCAAACAUUGAAAGCCGAUGGUUCGGUCACUGACGCGACAUGGGCUGGCAACAAGGCCGUUAUUGGUUCAUCUACUGGCUCUGUGAAGGUCUUUGAGAAUGGAAAGGAGGUUGCGAGCUUUGCCUCUCACGCUGGUGAGGUGGCGGCAGUUGCUCUGCAUGCGACUGGGGAUAUUGUUGCCUCGGUGGGCGUCGACAAGAGCUACGUCCUUUACGACUUGGCCACCAAUUCGGUGAUCACCCAAAUUUUCACCGACACUGCCCUACUUUCUGCCAACUUCCAUCCAGAUGGCCAUCUGCUGGCUGCUGGUGGAGCGAACGGCCAAGUCAAGAUCUUCGACGUCAAGACCGGCGGGUCAGCUGCAGAGUAUGACAUGUCGGGCCCUGUGAAAUGUCUCUUUUUCUCUGAGAACGGCACGUUCCUGGCUGCCGUGGCUGAUGGAUCCACGACGGUCUCUAUCUGGGAUCUCCGCAGCUCCAAGGAAACCAAGGUGUUGGAUACGGGCAGCCAGAUCAACUCGAUCUUCUGGGAUUACACUGGCCAGUUCCUCCUGACGGGUGGUCCCAGUGGCCUGACUGUCCAACAGUUCUCCAAGAAGAACAAGCAGUGGUCAGAGCCCCUGCGCAGCGCCGUGCCGGCCGUCUCGGUGGGCUGGGGAGCCAGUGCGCAGAGCAUUGUUGCGUUGAACGAGGCGGGGGCAAUCACGGUGCUGGGGGCACAAUGA